AUGAUUCGAUCAGUAGUGGGAAGAGGUCGUGGGCGACCCACAAGGCAACACCCAGAGACGAACUAUGAGAGAGAACCUGAGGUCAAUCAAGACCCCAGGCAAGAGGGAGUGGCCGGAAAUAGCGUGGCCACCGCGAUCAAUCGAAUUACCGAUGUCCUGGAACGCUUGACCGAAAAUCAAGUCCCGGGACAAGCGCGCCAUCAAGGAGGCCCCGCCGAUUCGGAGGAUCGGGCACUCGAGAGAUUUCUAAAGUUUGGACCUCCCAAAUUCUAUGGGGGACCCGAACCAGAAAUAGCUGAGGGCUGGUGGGAAAGAAUCUCCGAUAUUUUCGCCGCCCUGAACUAUGCCGAGGAAAGGCAAGUGACCUUCGCCGCAUUUCAGUUCGAAGGAGCUGCUCGCUCUUGGUGGAACUUAGUGAAGGUCAAUUGGGACAGAAAUCACACUCCGAGGACUUGGGCGAACUUCACAAGGGAGUUCAAUGCCAAAUUCCUCCCGCCUCUCAUUCAGGAGAAGAGAGAGGACGAUUUCAUUAAAUGCAAGCAAGGGGCGAUGAGUGUCGCCGAGUAUGAAGUGCAGUUUACUAAGUUGUCACGAUUUGCUCCUGAACUGAUAGCUACGGAGCAAAGACGCGUGAGGAGAUUUGUACAAGGUCUGAAUGUGGAAUUACAGGAAGGUCUAGCUGCAGUGAGGAUAGACACGUUCGCAGACGCGGUGGAGAGAGCCCAAAGAAUUGAGGUGGCUCGAGCCCAUGUAAAAUCUUUUCAGGCCAAGAAAAGAUUUGCUCCAAGUAGUAGCCGGGAGCCGGCUUACGGAAACGCCACACCGGCCAAAGUGGGCCGAGGAUCAAGCGUAGUGACCAGUCCUGGAACACCAAGAGGCGCUCUAGCAAGAGGAACUGGGACACGAAAUAUUGGGGGAAGAAACAAUGGAGCACGGGGGGGAUUUACCGGAAGAGCCCAACCUAGGAAUGCCCCGCAAGUGAAACCUGGAACGACUCCCCAAACCAUCUGCAGCUUUUGCAAGAAACCGGGCCAUAGCAUGGGUGGUUGCUGGAAGAAGCUAGGAAAAUGCUUGAGGUGUGGAAGUGGUGAGCAUCAAAUAUCCAGAUGCCCAAGGAUGCAAGAAAAUGGAAACCAGAAUACUGGACCGGCCAAUCAGGGGGAUAAUAGGCCAACAGUUCCGGCUAGGGUAUACGCCAUUGAGGAUCACCCUGUACCUGAUUCCUCUGGAGUUAUAGAAGGUACACUCCCAAUUUUUCAUCGACUAGCUAAGAUGUUAAUUGAUCCAGGUGCAACUCACUCGUUUGUAAAACCUACAUUCAUGUCUGGAAUCGAUGUGAAACCUGUUAGGUUACCCUAUGACCUUGAAGUUGGAACACCCAUGGGUAAUAAGAAAAUAAUCACUAGCUUAGUUUAUAAGAACUGUGAAUUCUGGAUUGGAGAGCGUAAGAUGCUAGUGGACUUGAUAAGUCUGGAUAUGAAAGGAUAUGAUAUAAUCAUAGGAAUGGAUUUUCUAGCUCAACAUCAUGCUAAGUUAGAUUGUAGGGCAAAAGUGUUGGAGUUGUGGAUCCCCGGAGAAGCGAUUUUGAAGUUAGAUUUGAAGGAUAGAUUAGCUUCCUCUGCCAUGAUUUCGGGGAUAAGAGCAAGAAAAAUGUUGUAUAAAGGAGCACAAGGAUAUUUAGCUUUCAUGAUUAACGCUCCUAGUGAUCAGGUGAAAUUAGAGGACGUACCCGCGGUACGGGAAUUUCCGGACGUUUUUCCUGAGGAAUUAAAAACGCUACCGCCGGAAAGAGAAGUGGAGUUCAAGAUUGAUUUGGUACCCGGAGCGGCCCCAAUAUCUAAGACCCCGUACCGAAUGGCUCCUGCAGAGCUAAAGGAACUGAAGAUUCAACUGCAGGACCUGUUAGAGAAAGGUUUCGUCAAGGAAAGCGAUUCACCAUGGGGAGCACCCGUUCUAUUUGUCAAGAAAAAGGACGGAAGUUUGAGAUUGUGCAUAGAUUACCGAGGGUUGAAUGAGGUUACCAUUAAGAACAAAUACCCUCUACCGUUGAUUGAUAGCUUAUUCGAUCAACUGCAAGGAUCAGUAGUAUUUUCUAAGUUGGAUCUAAGGCAAGGGUAUUAUCAGUUGAAGAUCAAAAAGGAAGACAUACCCAAGACUGCUUUUAGCACAAGAUACGGACACUUUGAGUUCGCAGUCAUGCCUUUUGGACUGACUAAUGCACCAGCUGCAUUCAUGGACCUGAUGCAGAGAGUCUUUAAGAAAUAUUUGGACCAAUUUGUAGUAGUCUUUAUAGAUGACAUUUUGAUAUAUUCCAAGACUCAUGAGGAGCAUGCUAAGCAUUUGGAGAUGGUCUUGCAGAUUUUAAGAGAGCAUAAAUUAUAUGCUAAAUUCAGCAAGUGUGAGUUCUGGCUGGAGGAGAUUUCAUUUCUGGGACACAAGGUUAUUACCGUAGGUUUAUUAAGGAUUUUUCAAAGAUUGCUGGAGCUAUGA